AUGAAAGUUAAAGUCCCAAAGAACUUUAAAGCCCCCGACAUGACCCCGUACGACGGAACGUCAGAUCCAAGCCAUCAUCUCAACAAUUUUAGAAGUCAAAUGUAUCUCACGGAUGCCUCAGAUGCAAUCCGUUGCAAAGCCUUUCCGACUACCCUGACGAAAAUAGUAAUAAAGUGGUUCGACAGUUUGCCUCCAAGAUCACUCACAAGUUUUGAUGACCUAGCCAGAAAGUUCCUCGCCAGGUUGUCCAUCCAAAAGGAUAAAACCAAGCACACUCCAAGCUUGUUGGGAAUUAAACAAGGAGAUCGGGAAAGCCUUCGCAGCUUCAUGGAAAGAUUCAACAAAGCAUGCCUCGACAUACCAAGUCUUCCAACAAAAAUGGCCAUCAUGGGGCUCAUCAACGGCUUAAGAGAAGGACCUUUUAGCCAAUCAAUAUCCAAGAAGCAUCCAAAAUCUCUAAAUGAGGUUCAAGAAAGGGCGAAAAAGUAUAUCAAUAUGGAGGAGAACUCCCGAUUGGGAGAUAAUUCAAAAACCGGAUUCUCCUACCCACCUUGGGAUAAGGAAAAAGAAUCCAGGAAGAAAGAAGACCAAUGA